AUGAUAGGGCAUGCUCUGUUGAGGUGGAAGGCUGCAGGUGCUGUCCUCUUGUUGAUAUUCAUCUUCUCGGUCCUGCUCUAUGUCAACGAUGUUGGCCCCUUACCCUCCAUCGCUGUCGACUUUGACAUUAGACCGCAGAAACAUGCGGUGACCUCGAUGGUCGGACAUGCCACAUCUGCUGGCUCUAGCCCUUCACCGUCCUCUCCCUCCGACCCCGACCUGAACAAAUACUUCCACGAGCCUGGUAUGACUGAAUACACACGACACUACGAUGCCCGCUAUUUCAGAGGAGUUGUCACAGAGGAAGAACGGAAAGAAAGCUUGACACAUCUCAUUCAAUCGUACUUCGAUACGUUUGAGAAGAUCGGGGUUGAGACAUGGAUUGCGCACGGAACGUUGCUAGGCUGGUACUGGAACGGCAAGAUCUUACCGUGGGAUUGGGAUUUGGACACGCAAGUUUCAGACCACGGCUUGAGAACACUGGCAGAGUCUCAUAACGGCACGACGCACCGCUACCCUUCCAGCAAUGGACGAACCGAACGGAGCUACCUCCUCGAUGUCAACGCGUGGGCAUGGCAGCGGGAACAGGGUGAUGGUGCUAAUAUCAUCGACGCACGCUACAUCAGCAUGGAUACCGGGCUUUUCGUGGAUAUAACCGGUCUCACUGAGCUCUACCCAGAUAACAAACCAGGGAUAGUCAUGUGCAAGAACAACCAUGAGUACAAGGUCGAAGACAUUUGGCCACUCAGAUUGAGUGUUUUCGAAGGCGUUAAGGUCAAGAUUCCGAUGCACUACGAUGUCAUUCUAGCGGAGGAGUACUCCGACGAGGCUCUGGUACGGACGGAAUUCAACGGGCACAUCUUUGAUGGCAAGACUAAGGAAUGGAUCAGGAUAGAUGGUAAUGGCACAACGAAUAGCUCAAAGCCAAUGUCAUGA